CUGGAUCGUAUCUCCAUGUACUACAAUGAAGCUACAGGUGACAAAUACGUACCUUGCCCUAUGUUGGUGGAUCUAGAACCCAGGACCAUGGACUCUGUUCGCUCAGGUUCUUUACGGCAGAUAUUCAGACCAGAAAACUUUGUUUUUGGGCAGUCUGGGGCUGGCAACAACUGGGCCAAGAGCCACUACACAGAGGGGGCUGAGCUAGUGGACUCAAUCCUGGAUGUGGUGCAGAAGGAAGCUGAGAGCUGUGACUGCCUGCAGGGCUUCCAGCUGACCCACUCACUGGGCGGGGGCACGGGCUCUGGCAUGGGCACGCUGCUCAUCAGCAAGAUCCGAGAAGAGUACCUUGACCGCAUCAUGAACACCUUCAGUGUGGUGCCCUCCCCCAAAGUGUCUGACACAGUGGUUGAGCCCUACAAUGUCACCCUCUCCAUCCAUCAGUUGGUAGAGAACACAGAUGAGAUCUAUUACAUUGACAAUGAGGCCCUGUAUGACAUCUGCUUCCGCACCCUCAAGCUGACCACGCCAACCUAUGGGGACCUCAACCACCUUGUCUCAGCCACCAUGAAUGGUGUCACCACCUGCUUCCGCUUCCCUGGUCAGCUCAAUGCUGACCUCCGCAAGCUGGCAGUCAACAUGGUGACCUUCCCGUGUCUUCACUUCUUCAUGCCUGACUCUGCACCUGUGACCAGCCGUGGAAGCCAGCAGUGGCUGAGCCAGGCCCUCACUGUGCCUGAACUCACCCAGCAGGUCUCUGAUGCCAAGAACAUGAUGGCUGCCUGUGACCCCCGCCAUGGCCAUUACCUCACUGUGGCUGCUGUCUUCCAUGGGUGGAUGUCCAUGAAGGAGGUAGAUGAGCAGAUGCUCAACGUGCAUAAUAAGAAUAGUAGUUACUUCGUGGAAUGGAUCCCUAACAAUGUCAAGACCGCUGUGCCCUGUGGCCUCAAGAUGGCAGUCACCUUCAUUGGAAAUAGCACGGCCAUCCAGGAGCUUUUCAAGCGCAUCUCAGAGCAGUUCACAGCCAUGUUCCGGCGUAAGGCCUUCCUCCACUGGUACGCAGGUUAAGGCAUGGACGAGAUGGAGUUCACCGAAGCUGAGAGCAACAUGAACGACCUUGUCUCUGAGUAUCAGCAGUACCAGGAUGCCAUCGCAGAAGAAGAGGAGGAUUUUGGUGAGGAGGCCGAAGAGGAGGCUUAA